AUGAGUGAUUCAGAUGAUUCAUUAAAGUAAUAACACCAACUUCCGUAAAAUUUUGGUGAAAUUAUUGAUUCAGAUGAUGAGAACUGGAUGCCUCCUAAAAAGAGUUACAGUUAACUAGAGGAAUUUGAACCAUCGAAAUUCAACAAGAACAUAGUUGCAUUAGAUUGGGAUUUUAAUAAAGUAGAAUAUUUGUUUAAAAUGCAUAGGUGUUUGUAAAGUAACUCUAAAUUGAAGCCUUGUAAGAUCCGACUUGGAGAGCCUAAGUCAUCAAAUAAUUUGAGAUACAUCCAACUUUAGAUCACCCCAAUAUUGUUAAAGUACAAGCAUAAUCUAGCAUUUAGGUUAAAGAGCAGAACUAUGAGGAGAAAAAAAUAGUAUUGGAAUUCUUAAAUGAAGCAAACUACUUUAAGAAAGCAAUCUUAGAAGUACAAUUGUUUUUUUAAACUUUUAGUAAGCUCGUCCUAUUACAAAUAUGAUUAAAUUAAGAUCUUAUAUAUAAGAUAUAGCAGAAGGACUCAAUUAUUUGCAUAAUUUAAGUAAUUUGUCUAAAUAUUUGAGAUUAUGUUCAUAUGGAUAUUCGAAUAGAGACUUUGCAAUGUACGAGAGGACCAGAGGAUCUAAUUAGAACAGUAUCUAAAUAAUUAAAUAGAGGUCAAACUUGGGGAUUUUGGGAAUAUCUAAAGAAAGGGUGACAUUCUAGAUGCCUUUCAUUAUGAGUUCAUCAAAAAAAGAUAACCUAUGAUGCCACCUGAAUUAGCUAUAGGUUCCUAAGCAGAUCCUAAAAUGGAUAUAUGGUGUUUUGGCAUAGUGAUUCAUCAAAUGAUCAUGGCAUAUGCACCAAAUCUGAUGCCUUAAAACUAGAAUCAACCAGCUAAGAUAUCAUUUGCAAAAGCACAUUGGAGUAAAUACGAAGUAGAGCUUUUUAAACUUGUGAAGAGUAUGUUGCAAAUUAAUGCAAAUGAUAGACCAUCAGCAUAGUAAAUACUAUAAAUUCAAUGGCUUUAAUGA